AUGGAUAAUGAGAAACAAUCGGUAGCAUCGGUUCAGUCGAAUUACAUGGCAGCGCCUUCACAGGCUGGGAACACAGUUCCUCACCAAGUGUCCAUCAAAAUUCAUGAUGACGACGAGGAUGAGAUUGCAAUGGAGACUCGCCGAAAGACUCGACAUCGUAGGAACAGCGUGGAAGAGCCCUAUAGAGCACCCAAACAUGUGCACGGUGGGGACUGGAAAGACAUGAUAAAUAUAACCAAUGCUCGAAAGCGUCAGCCUACUGUCGGACGAGAUAGUCGAGUACGGACAAUGUCCUCUCUGCGAGGUGGAACUUGGAUCGAGCAUAAGUUGAAGAAAAGAGUUUGUUGUCAAUUUGUUCCUUCUCAAAAAUAUGCAGACAGGUGUGGAUGUGGUUUACCGUUUGAUCAGCAUGAGGAGUAUGUUCAACAAAAGUCCGAGAGAGCUCACGUUCAUCACCAUCAUAACCACAAUCAUCAUCACCUUUAUCAUGAACACAGCUUAACAGUGAAGGGGAUUGAUGAAGAAUUGACCACUGAUGGCGGUCUCACUAAUGAAUCUACAAUUCCUCGAAGAACAAAAAAAUGGACCAUAAAUCGCAAUACGGAAUCUUUACCAACAGAUUGUUAUGGAACUAUUGCCUUCGAAGGAGGAUCUCAUCAAUCCAAAGCACACUAUGUGAGGUGUGGAUUCGAUACCGAGCCGGAAACUCUAUCAUUCUUAUUUGAUAAAAUCUGGAAAUUACCACCUCCAAAACUAGUCAUAACCAUUCAUGGAGGACUCACGAACUUCGAUCUGCAACCGAAGCUCGCCCGUCUUUUCCGGAAAGGUAUCCUGAAAGCAGCAAAAUCGACAGAUGCUUGGAUUAUCACUAGUGGUCUCAACAAUGGUGUAAUAAGACAUGUGGCUGCAGCCUUACAAGACCUUGGUUCAUCGAGAUCGAGAUCUCGCGUUCUGGCAAUUGGUAUUGCUCCUUGGGGUAUGCUUAAGAAGAAGCAGAGGUUUGAGGGAAAGGACAUAACAGUGAAUUAUUCAACAAAUCAGUUUAAUAAAUCCCGAUUUGCUGAGUUGAAUGAUCGACAUUCUUACUUCAUCUUCUCAGAUAACGGAACUACAGGACGAUAUGGAGCGGAAAUAAUCUUGCGCAAAAGAUUGGAAACCUAUCUGGCUAAAAAGGCUGCUCUACAACAUGGCACAAAUUCGGUGCCUGUUGUUUGCGUCGUUCUUGAAGGAGGGGCUUUCACAGUCAAAGUAGUGCACGACUAUAUCACAUCAGUCCCACGUAUUCCUGUUGUGGUUUGUGAUGGUAGUGGUCGAGCUGCCGAUUUACUAUCUUUUGCUCAUCAGAAUAGCACAGAAGAUGGAAAACUGUCUGAUUCAGCUAGAAACCAGCUGAUCUUCCAGCUUGAAAAGGUGUUCAAUUAUGACAAAAAGAAUACAUUCCGAAUUUAUAAACAGUUAUUAGACUGCAUUAAGCAGAGGAGUUUGUUGACAGUGUUCCGACUGGGAGAAGCACAAAGACAAGAUGUAGACCAUGCAAUUCUCAAAGCUUUGCUGAAAGGAAAAAAUUUAACACCACCUGAGCAGCUGAGGUUAGCUCUGGCAUGGAAUCGCGCUGAUAUUGCUCGCUCAGAAAUUUUCACAUUAGGCAGAGAAUGGUCAAUGGCGGAUCUGCACAAUGCGAUGAUGGAUGCAUUGUGCCAUGAUCGUACUGAUUUCGUUCAAUUGCUCCUAGAGAAUGGUGUAAGCAUGCAUCGCUUCCUUACUUACGGACGGUUGGAGAUGUUGUACAAUACAGAGCAUGGUCCUAAUCAUACACUGAAAAACUUACUAGGAAUCGGAUCCAAGAAGCAUCAGUUGAAGUUAACAGAGGUUGGACAUGCGAUGGAAAAUUUAAUGGGUAAUGCUUACAAAUCAAACUAUACAAAAGAAGACUUCAAAGCUAAGUAUUUCGUGUUCUCGAAUCGUAAACAAUUGGGCUAUCAACAUAAGAAUGACAAUGCCAAAGUUAGACAGCGUUCGGAGAACUUGAAAGAAACGAAUACUCUUCAACUCGAUUUGUUAAAAACCGCCAGACACUCUAUAAUUUCAAUAUUCCAAGGUAGUAAAGAGAGGAAUUUAGAUCAAGAAGAUGAAAGAUCCCUAGUAGAGGAGGAGUCCCUAGACUUUACAUUUAAGUAUCCAUAUUCUGAGCUUUUAAUUUGGUCGGUUCUAACAAAAAGACAAGAUAUGGCCAUGUUAAUGUGGAGGCAUGGCGAGGAAGCCAUGGCAAAAGCCCUGAUCGCUUGUCGUCUUUACUCAUCGUUAGCUUCUGAUGCGUCAACUAACUAUCUUGAACUAGAGAUUUGUGAAGAACUCAGUAAAAACAGCGAAGAGUUUCGCAACUUGUCUAUUGAAGUUCUACAGUAUUGCUCUUCACAAAAUGUCGAUUCCACCCUUCAAUUGCUCACGUACGAACUGGCCAAUUGGGGUAACGAGACAUGCUUGUCUUUGGCAGCUUUAGAUCAAAGCAGAAAAUUCUUAGCUCACCCAUGCUGUCAACUGCUUUUGUCGGAUUUGUGGCACGGAGCGUUACAUAUUAGGAACAGUUCUAACAUCAAAGUUUUGUGCUGUUUACUUGUUCCACCUUCUAUAUUCCUACUGGAGUUCAAAUCUAAAGAAGAGUUGAAACUACAACCACACACCGCUGCAGAGCACCAUACUGACAACUGGGAAAGCGAUGGUACAAUGUCUGAAGGGUCAGAGGAUUUUUCCGAUAUUGGUAGCACUGAUACAGAAGAGGAAGAAGCUGGUAAUAGUUCUGGAAGGGCUCGAAGUGGCUCUGAACAACCCUUAAGUUUCCAUCAGCUAAUGAUGGAUAAGGUCCUGUUUCGAAGAGACACUGUGGCUCCCGCUUCAGGAUCACCGCCAACUAACAUGGCAGAUGUUCAGACUAAAACAGGUCGUUCUCGAACAAUAUCAACGUCUAAAGUUCGUAGAAGGGGGAUACGCAAAGAAACCGAAACUAUUUUGGAAGAGCCGGAAGAUCCUAAAAAUAAGGUAAAGCGUCGGUCUACUCAGAAACAUGUGGUCAUAUUACCAAAUGAAAACGAUGGUGGAGCGUAUACUACUGAAGGAAAGAAAUAUGUGGAUGAACGGCAGCCUAAACAGAAAUCUCUGAACUGGCGUAGGAAAUUGCGAGAGUUCUACACUGCUCCUAUCACUACGUUCUGGCUGUGGUCUGUCAGCUAUUUCGUAUUUCUCAUAGGCUUAACUUAUGCACUUCUGGUCGAGACACGACGAAUGCCUUCAUGGGUGGAAUGGUACUUGUUCCUCUACGUUGUUGUCUGGAGCAUAGAAGUCUUCCGCAAAAUGCUUCUCAUUGUUAUGGUGGAUACGAAAAAACCAAUAUUUAGGAAACUUAGUAUAUUUUUUUUCAAUUAUCGAAACGGUAUUCUGGCUGUGGCUUUAAGUGUUCAUGUGAUUGGGUUCUUGAUACGGCUGAACCCCGGAACACAUGCUUUGGGUCGUGUUAUAUUAGCAUCUAAUUGGGUAUUAUGGUGUUUGAAACUGGUUGACUAUCUCAGUGUUCAUAGGCAAUUAGGGCCUUACGUGACAAUGGCUUCUGAAAUGAUCCCGCGUAUGCUUCCUAUUUUGUGUAUGCUUUCCGUGGCUUUAUUAGCAUUUGGAGUUAUCCGACAGUCUAUAACUUUCCCGUACGAAGAUUGGCAUUGGCUACUCAUUCGUAACAUUUUCUACAAACCAUACUUUAUGCUUUACGGAGAAGUAUAUGCUCCUGAAAUCGACACCUGUGGUGAUGAAGUUUGGGAUACUCAUGUUGAGAAUGGGGUUCCAAUAAAUCAGUUAAAUGUCACAGGAGACACAUGUGUGCCCGGAUACUUUGUUGUUCCAAUUUUUAUGACUAUUUUCAUGAUUAUUGCCAAUGUUUUACUUAUGAACACUAUGGUAGCUUGCUGCACAUACAUUUUCGAAAGAAACGUUGAAAUUACUCAAGAAAUUUGGCUCUUUGAACGUUAUCGCCAAGUUAUGGAAUACGAGUCAACUCCAGCAAUACCACCUCCUUUCACCUUAAUCUAUCAUAUAUUCUGGGUGGCUAAAUGGAUAUUAGUUCGCGAACACUUCACCGAUAGAAGACAUCUGCUAGACGCCUCUUUAAAGCUCUUUUUGAGUGAAGAAGAAGUUGAACGGAUACAUUCGUUUGAGGAAGAAAGUGUUGAAGACAUGGAGAGGGAGCGUGAUAUGAGGAAACAGAGCAGUAAUGAAGAGAGAAUUCUCAGAACAUCGGAACGAACUGAUAUCAUUCUAAGAAGGGUUAACAACAUAACUGGCGCAGAAGAGAAGCUUCAAGGUGAUAUUAGAGAAAUGGAAAUGAAAAUGCAAAUAAUGGAGUACCGACAUAAAGAGGAGAUGGAAUAUUUGCGGUUGAUGAACGCGAAGGUAGAGCAAUUGCUUCAGUUACAAAUGGGAAAAAUACCACAAGAUGUUUUAACUCUCCCAGCGGAACCUAAGAAACUGCCUCCUUUCGUUGCUAAUCAGCGUUUGGUCGGCUCGGCUAUGAGUGCUGUGCCUGAAAUCACUUUCGAUCUCGUCGAUUCUCCUGAAGAGAAACCUAAAAAAGACGCUUCUAAGUUUGACUUCACUACGGACAGUGAGCUGGAAGGUGAUGCUGAGGAACGUACACCAGGAAGAACCUACGAAAGAGGAAUAUCGGUUUCAUCAAUGGAUGACAUUUUAGAAGCAUAUGAUGAACCGAAGGAGCCUGAAGCACCUGUUUCUCCAACUUUCUACAUUGAUGUUCCAUCAGAUGAUAGUGAACCUAAUCAGAAAUUUGGUAACAAAUAG